AUGGAGCAAAGAUUGAACGGAAUGGGCGAUUCACAUAUUCGAACAAAAACUUUCGACAAUAAUCAUCAAACUGAUGUUAAUGACGACGAUGAUGAAGAAGAAGACGAAAUUGACGAUCAUUCAGCUCAUUUAGUUGAAUUGAAUAAUCGAAUAAAGAAUGAUUUCAUGUCUUAUUGUUUAUCAUUUUUACAAGACGAUGAAGACGCUCGAGAAUGUGUACAUGGUGUUUGGAAUAAAUAUUUACAAUGCGUUGGUGAUGUGUCAAUGAUUUCUGCAUUUUUCGAUACGCUUUCGUACAGUGUCAAAUCAUCUGUAUUUCCAAAAUACCAAGAUGAAAUACUCGCAUGGUGUCAAGAUGUACUGCAUAUUCAAUGCCAUGCAAUAAUUUAUUCGACAUUCUGUUCUGAGACAUUCUCGCGCAUUAUUCGCUAUGUGUUAAAACAAUCAAAUUUCGAUUUGGAGACAUCUGAACGAAAAGCAGUUAUCUACGUGUCGGCUGAUUUUGAUCGUGAUUUGAAACAUGAUUUAUUAACGUCAAUAGCAAGUAUUCAGUUCGAGCACGUUCGAAAGGAUGUUUUCUUCGAAGAUAUGAUUGAUGUCGACCAACUUCAGGAAUUAGUUGAGCGAGAUUCUAAUAAUUCGCAUUUAUAUCCACUGAUGAUCAUUGCAAAUGCAGGCACGAAUGUCUUAGGUCGAUGUGAUGAAUUGACAAAAUUAAAACAAUUUUCACGUCAACAUAAUCUUUGGCUUCACGUAACUGGAGAUUUGCUGGGCUCAUUAGCGCUACUGUCAACUGUGAAAGAAAAUGUAAAUAUCAGUUGUGAUAGUUUGAGUAUAGAUACGAUAAAGUUACUUGGCAUUAAAAAUUUGCCAUAUUUAACUUUUUUUCUCCGGCCAAUGGUGUCAAUGACGAAUGGAAAACAAACCGAAUCAAAUUUUCGACAGGAUGAACAAAUUAAUACCAAUGAUUCUUCAACACUCUCGACAACGAGUACGAAUCGAACAUCGUCGUCAUCGUCAUCUAAUUCAUCUUCUACUACGACAAAUGACAAUAAUUCGUCAGCAUCUUCUCCAUUUUAUGAUGCCAUUCUACACAAUCCAUCCAUUAGUUUCCUAAGUAUUUGGUCAAUUAGUCAACGAUGCUCGAAAGCGAAUGUGCUCUAUCACAUGAAACAUUCGUUUCAACUAGUAAAUGUGCUAUCAAAACAUUUGAAACAAAUGAAAACGAUCAGAAUAUUAAAUAAUGAUGAUUAUGUCCAAGGAGUCUUAACCUAUCAGCGUAUUUGUGAAGGUGAUACACUCAACGAUCCAUUACCGAAGACUAUUGUUAUUUUUCGUUUUGAAACAACUGAUAUACCAGAUAUUGAACACUUGGAUGAUCUUCAUGGUUAUGUUGACCUGUUGAAUCUUUGGCUAUUUGAUAAGCUAUCUCAACAAUAUCCAAAAAUGAAUUUAGAACUCUUAAAGUGUAUUCAUUUCCAAAUGCUUAAUAAUCCCAAUGACAAUUCGUCCACUCGAACAGCUGCACAUGCGAUUCGCUUUGCUCCAUUAGAACAUUUACUUGAUACGAUCGAAGAACAAAACAUGCAAGCAUUUGUCGAUGAUGUGCAACGUUAUAUAGAUAUUCUUGUGGCAACAAUGACUGCCCGUGCGCGUCUGAAAACAGUUGUAACAAAAUAUGAAAAUCUUGUUUCGAUUUCCAUGCCACAUUGGGCGGGUAUCGGAGCAGUUCGUUACAUUCCCAGUUAUGAAAAAACCGACGUUUGUUCGUACGAUACGAACACAAUUCAAGCUGAGUUAGCUCGAAAACUUCAAACAAAUGAUUCGGCAUUUUCUUUAGGCGGCGAACCAAACAAUGAGCAAGAAUCGAUGUUCUAUCUGCGACUAGGAAUGAUACGGAAACAGGAUGAUCUCGAUAUUUUGUUGCAGAAAAUAGCUGUUAGCGGUAAAGAAACUGAAGUAGCAUUGAAAUAUGUCGAAGAUAUGGCACAAAAAAUCAAACAAGGAAUUGAAAAAGUCCAAAAAGACCUACAGGACGAAAAUCAACAGAUGCUUGCACAAGAAGGUCUUCUCAGACAAUUGCCUGUGAUUUCAAAUAUCAUGUCGUGGUGGAGCCCAUCGCCAACUGCGUCGCCUUUGGCAACAAAAGGUCGAUCAUUUGAUCUAAACUCUGGCCGUAUUGAAUCGACAGAAAAUACUUACGCUUAUCGGAUGCAGAUUAACAAGCAAUCUCCACACGCUCCAAUGCAUAACGAUGAUCAAACUCCUGCAUUAUCACCGUCGCCAUCCAAUUCAGAUUAA